CUCUCUUGUACGACAACAGUCUCCCCCUCGCCUCGUCGCCCGAGUGACGGGGUCCUUUGAAAAGCCUUGCCGUAUCGCGGGUAACGAGGUCAGAUCGAGGGCCAUUAUAAAGGUCGGAUUUCCGGGUGUAAGUUUCAGUUAACUCUAGACAUCUCAGGGAGAACUGAGUGUGUAUGCGGGUGUGUGAUUUCUGUGCCGACCGCUGCUGCUGUGUAAGAACUUUCGAGGACUGGUGCUUUGGAAACGUGAGGUUUUUUUUUGGUCGACUCCUAAUUUGUGAAAUGGAUUAAUUUACCGUUCCAGGCUGGUACAGACUACAGAUUCAUCAUCUGGAGGAAGUGUUGGACUGCUCAUGCAUGCUGAUUUUAACGUUUAAUCGUUAAGACAGUAAAUCCUUUCACGGCUCGUUUCCGACUUGAUCAACUGUGCAUCAUAUGAAACUGUGCGCAUACCUCCACGGGCGAGCGAGUGUUUGACAUUGGCGUUGUUUGCCCAGUGCUCCCGCUCCGAGCUGCUAUUGGUGAUGCUGAGGGGAAAGUUUGGCGACCUCCUAUGACAUGCGAGCGGGAGGAGAAGCAGACGACAGCACGCCAAGCCCGCGAAUCACGCAGUCCAGUUGACAGGCCUUUCUUGUUCGAAAACCAACAGUAAACAAACGUCCUGUGUUUCGUUUGGAGUUUCCAUCAAAAUAUAAAAAGGUGGCCAAACACUGAAGCGUUGCUCAGCUCUGGGGAGCAGAAAUAUUCCGAGGCAGGAAAUAGUGGACCUGGGCGAAGAAAACAAAAUCUCAGUUGUUUGAGCGAGGACUAGUAAACUGUAGGAACACCUGUAGAGCUUGUGGGGGACGAGAAAGUCCUCUUUACUUUCAUGUUUGUGACUCGUCGCUCGCGCUACGGAGUCAGGUGUUUGUGUCUUUCUCCGCGGGACCUUCAUAAACUUCUCAUCCGUGCUCAUCCAACUGGAGAUAUUACUGCUUCGCUGAGACCAUUGUAGCUCUGCAUACCUUUGUUGUCCCUUCAUUGCUGGAGAUUUAAAAAUUAAAUGCCCCCGUGUAUAGGCCUACCUCGGUAGAUGAGACUGAUUUGUCUUUCUGUGGUUCCUCUCGGCAAGUGAUGACAUCACACGGUGUGCCAAAGAGUGCGUGGUUGUGAAUGAACACAAUCGGUGCGACACAGCGCGACAGAAAUCUUGGCAAAAACAGCUUCAAAGAAGAGAGCCGGCGGUCCAGCAUCCAGUGGGCGAGCCGUAUGCCCGUGGAGGUGAUCAACAGAACAGUGACGUCAGCCGAGGAGCUGUACUGUGGCGUGGAGCCCACGCCAGGCAACAUGGACUUCUACAAACAGAACAUCGACAUCUCCUGGUUCAAGAAUGACGGGCCUGUGCCUAAAGACAAGAGGAUUAAAAGACUGGGUUACUCCCUGAAGAUCUUUGACUUGCAGGCCUCAGACAGUGGCAACUACACUUGUGUGGUCAAGACUGACCGUGACCAGCUGCAGUGGAAGUUUUUCCUCCGAGUGUCCUAUGUACCUGGCAGUGCACCCAUCAUUGUGGAGAAACCGACCAAUCAGACGGUGCGCCUGGGCUCGCGGGCGGUGUUUAUGUGCAAGCCGGUGACCAGCCUGGGCACGGUACAGAUGAUGUGGGUCAAGCAUCAUUUUGUCAAUGGGAGCUGGGGUCACGGCCCCCUGGAUAAAGAUGACCCACAUUUGACAAUACUCAGGCCUUGGAACUCCCAGCAUGCCCCACUGGUCAUCAAGAAAGUCACGAAGGAGGACGAGGGCUGGUACACCUGUGCCCUCAAAAACAAAAUUGGCAUCACUUAUGAGGCUGCUUAUCUCAACGUUACCUUAGCUCCAAAGGAGAAGGCAAAAGACAGCUCUCUGGACCCAUACAUCUUCAUCAUCAUCGGUUCCAUCAUCGGUUUUGUCAUUCUCCUUAUCGUCAUCAUCAUCAGUGUCACCUGCUUCUGCUACAAGAAGAAGAAGCUGAAGAUGAAGCAGUACCAGCUCUACCACAAACCUGAUGGUCUAGCCACACAGCCACUGGUCAAGUCCCGUCGCAUCUCGUCGCGGUCGUCCACCAGUAGCUACCCUUCUGUGGCCUCCAGCUCCUCACGGCUCAGUGUGCCAGUCGACGAAGCAUUCGAGUUUCCUCGCAACAGACUGACUGUCCAGGAAACAAUUGGAGAGGGAGCGUUUGGCAUUGUGAAGAGGGCUAUAGCGUACGGCAUCGGUAGAGUUCCCAAAGCUACACAGGUCGCCGUGAAGAGUCUAAGAGAGGACGUGACCUAUCAGGACCAGUACGAGUUCAUGAAAGAGGCGGAGGUGAUGAAGUCAGUGAAGAGAAUGGGCUCGCACAUAAACAUCGUCAACUUCCUGGGCUGUUGUACACAAGGAGCUGGCCCUCUGUAUGUGAUAGUGGAGUAUGCCAAAAAGGGAAACCUACGUAACUACCUGAUGUCGUUCCGGAGCCAAGAGAACAGCCUGGUCACAUGGAGGGAGGACCUGGAGCUGUGCAUGUUGAGCAGUGGCAACACGCUAGACGGGAACUACGACAAAGACACGCUCUCCCAGCGCAUGCUUCUUUCAUUUAGCCACCAGGUGGCUCGCGGGAUGGAGUUCCUGGCUUCUCAUAAGUGCAUCCACCGAGACCUGGCUGCUCGGAACAUCCUGGUCACUGAGGACAAUGUGCUGAAGAUUGCAGACUUUGGUCUGGCCCGCAACGGGGAAUACUACAAGAAGAAAUCCAGGGGUCAGAUCCCCGUCAAGUGGAUGCCUCCAGAGGCUUUGUUCGACAUGAAAUACACAGAGAAAAGUGACGUAUGGUCGUAUGGUGUUCUGAUGUGGGAGAUCUUCACGUUGGGUGGCAUGCCAUAUCCCACAAUCCCUCAAGAAGAUCUCUAUGGCAAGCUUAUGGAAGGCUAUCGUAUGGAAAAACCACCAUUUGCAACAGACUCACUUUACGACACAAUGAGACGCUGCUGGAACCACUACCCUGACGACAGACCAGACUUCAGUCUGCUUGUCCUGAUCAUGGAGAGACAGUUGGUGCGAGUCGCCAAUGGGGGUUACAUUGAAGUGCUAGCUACAGACGAGUCUUAGGCUGGCGGAGCUGGGCCAGGCUGGACUCAUGCACAAGAGCCUCUACAGACAUACAGAGCGGCUUACCAGGCCUUGUAAUGUUAAUAAUAAUAAUUAUAAUAAUAAUGAUAAUAAUUAUUAUAAUAUUGUCACAUAUGUUUUUACUUAAGAGAACAGCCAGCCAGGGUUGUCAUGUUACAUUCCACUGAACAGUACCGUUGGUCAAAUGUUGUAAUAAUGUUUCCUUACACUCAGUGCCUAAGCUUUACUAAACCGUUCAUAUUACACUUGGCUCCUAGAGUAUCUAUCACCUAAUGUUGAGUAAUACUAGGAGCUGAGAAAGUUGAACUAGGGAGAUUUUAAAUUUACGUUGCCAUCCCCAUUGGAUUGUGGAGUCUGUCUGACUACAGGUGUCUAAUUGUUCUGCAGCUACUCAUUUCACUUUGAUCCAUACGGUGAUCAUGAGUAGAAUACGUUUGAAUAAUGACGGAUUAUCUGUUUCACGGAAGUCCAAUAGUCACAUAAUAGGUUGAGCAUGGCACGUAUAGCUGAUUUUGUAAAGUGACGUGGAUGAAAUCAUUUUCCUGGUAGGGAGGGACUCUGUCAUACGUCACUUUUCAAAAUGAUGUAUAGCAGAGUCUUUUCAUUAAGCAGUGGAUAUUUUCCAUGUUCUGUGUGGUAAUGAUAGGGAGAGACAUUGAGAAUGUACCUCCAUCCGUGAUGUUCCUACUCGACAAAAUGCCUGUACCAUACAUAAUCCUGCGGAACAUACUUACUUGUUAAAGCUUUGUAAAUAUGUACAGGAAAACUUUUGUACUGAAAUAAUGACCAAGUGAUUGAUAAUAUCCUAAUGUUUAUCGCUUUAAUCUAUUACAGCUCAUGUGCAUAUUAUUUAUGAAGUUUGAAGUGUCCUUGUGCUAGAUACUAUGCUGUAAGCAUUCCUGAACAUAGAUAAAGUUCAGGAGGUAAUCAUGUUUUUUUUCCUGCUCCCUCUGCUCUUGAUGGAUCAUAAUGCUCGUCUGGUUUGUCUGCCAAUGCGAUCUAGAAGAAGAUUCACUCAUAUUGAGUUUUGAGUGAACAAUGUACUAAUGAACUAACUUGAGAGGGGUAUUUCUUUAUAAUCCAACACAUUCACCAAAGAGUUUGAACCAAUGUCGUUUUCAAAGUGAGCUCUUUUUUCUCAGGUCUUUACCGAGAGGUCUGUUGAUUGCUUUCUGAGUAGUAGGUUGCUGAAUGUUUUUGUCGCAAGGGCCUUCUCAGCCUGGGUUGGCCCGGACAGGCAGGGUCAAAGCCUGUUUUCGAAAUGAUCUAGUGUGUUGAUGGAGGCUUAAAGCACCAAUUUUUUUGUUUUUAAAAAGAAAAGGAACACAUAUCAAAAUGUCUUUGUCUCUGUGGAGUUAGAUUUGAUGAUUGAAACUUCUUUUAUUUUGUAAUUGAGACAAAAGUCAAUUUCGGUUUGAUACUGACUGAGGCAGUUUUUAUUGAGCAAAACUCAAGCCUACCAGUUGUCUGACUGUCACUGAUGUUCUCCCAGAAAGAAAAAAACUAAGGUGUUUGUGUGGUGUGUUAAACAGGUACUCGCUCACUUCUGCCCAAAAGUUGUCCCUGCAUUUACUUCCCUGUGUUGUUGUGUUGAAUCUACCAUAGCUGUUCCUGCAUCAUUGUGUUCAAUUUGUUAUGACUACCUUUUGUUGUACUGCCUACAUUUUUGUUUUACAUUUUACAAAUUUUGACAGAAGCUUUUCAACGGCUGCUUUUUUUUUUUUUACAUUUGUAUAAUUUUGCUAAAUGGUUUAUAUAUUAUAUAUAUGUGUGUGUGUGUAACGUUGUUACCUUCUCAACAUUCCAGGAAAAAUUUAUCUUUACUGUGGCUAUGAUUGAUAAGGUUGCUGUUACAUUUCAUCAUGGUUCCCUUAUUUGCCCCCCACCCCCCACCAAACUGGAAUCUUAAGAAUGUUUUACUUGUAGGAAAGAUAGCAGAUGUUGAUAAAAGUUGAGUUUUGGGAGUCGUACGUUAAGUGUAGCCAGCUCAGUCCUUGUGGACUUGGGUCUGGGAGGCAGGAUAGGCUACCUGCUUACUGCUUGAGCUGGAGUUGGGAACUGAACUCAUUUAAUUUAAUACAGUGUACAGUCAAAAUUGUCCAUGACAGCCACCCACUGUAAAGGAGAAAAGUGGUUGUCUUAAACAGGUAGAUGUCUUGGACAGUAUCAUUAUAAUA